AUGGCACGCUCGACGCAGCCCGACUUCAUGAAGAAGGGGAGGUUGAACCACACCUUGGCGCCCGCGGGCGGCACUGCGUCUUCCCAGUCCCACUGCGAGAGCGAGAAGCCUAUUGUCAUUGUCGUGCAGGCCCUUGCCGCCGUCGUCCGUGGCUCAGCCGAAGAUGUUCAGGAUCUUGAACUGCCAGCCCCAGCCCGUGUCCUAGAAGGCACAGUCGGCAAUUGGCCCUACACGGACGGCACCCCUCUCUUCACCAUGAAGUCCACCGCAGCCGAGAUUGAGGCAGCGCUAGCCAAAUACCGCAAAGUCUCGGCCGAGCGAAACAAGCGCCUGCUCGAGGUCUACAUCGACGCCAUAACGAAAGCCGAAUUCACGGACGAGCUGAUCAGGGAGGAGAUUAGCGACGAGGAGCACUGCCUCGACGGCACCAAGGGCGGCCACCUGGACCUGAAGGACCGCGCCGCACGGGCGACGGCGUACUUCAAUGCCCUCGAUGCCGCUUUAAAGGCGAAGGCACCCGAGGAGGUCAAGCAAAUUAUCUCCGCCCCGGAGGAAUUCCGCAUCCUAGUGCGGCACGUCCUUGGGAUCAAUGGGCCUAUGUUGCCUGAUGAUAUGACUAAGCAUGCCAUGUCUUUCUGGCAGGAUGAUGGAAUGCAAGAUGCUUAA